AUGGACUGCCGAAAACUACGUGACGCCCUUGUGCAUUUUCACUUGAACGAUGAUUUUUACGAAAGCAUCGUCAACUUCGUUAAGAACAAUUGUCCCCGAGAUAUCCUCAAUCACGCAAAGAUAUUUAAAGAGGAGGGCAAUGUUUACUUCAAGAAAGGUGAAGUUGUUCUUGCCGGGGCUAAGUAUGAUAGAGGACUGAAACUCUUGUGUUUUGUACUACCAAGAAAUGAAGAUGAUAGUGUUUUUCUAAGGACUCUUGCCAUAUCCCUUGAGUUGAACCUCGCAGCUUGCGCCCUAAAGCUUCGGGAUUAUGAACAAACUAAGGAGCUAUGCUCGCUUGUCAUUAUACUUGAUGAUAACAACACUAAAGCCCUCUAUAGAAGGGCUUUAGCCGAAAUCAAGUUCUUCCAACUUGAAGAGGCUUUUGAAGACCUUAGCAAAGCAGUUAAGGCAGAGCCUAACAAUCAGGACAUCAGCCGUGAAUUGGAAAAGGUGGAGGGCCUAAGAAGUUGGGCCGAAAAAGAGGGAUCGCGUCAAGAUAAGCCAAAAGAGAAAGGCCAAGCAAGCUCUGGGCACCGCCGUGGUCAGCCAUAUUGUUGGACUUCCCAAGCCCAACACAGCUGCCGUCGAGAAGUUAGUAAUCAUACAUCUACUGGCCUAACUUCUAGCAACAAUGAAGGUUCAAGUAUUGAGGAAGGGAGUGAGGUUCCUGCGAGAGAUUUAACUACCACUGAUAAUGCUGAUGUGAAAUCCGUAGCUUGCAUGGCUAGGAAAAAGAAGCAAUCCACUCUUACUCCUAUUAAAAUCUCUACUGAAAUAAUUGAAACUUUGUUUACUCCUGCUGCGAUUGGAUUUUCGACAUUGAAGGAAUCAAUCGAUGAAGGUAAUGAGCCGAUUACCCCAUCUCCUGGCCUUGUUCAUCCAUCAGGCAAGAUCACUAGGAGGGAUGCAAAACUUCUCACCCUUAAUUUUGGCUCUAUCGCCUCGAAGUCGAAUGUAACAGUAACUCCUGGUACAGUUCUAUUCCAUUUAGGAAUGGCUGGGGUUCAGAUACGGUAA